UGGCAUAAUAUUAUUUUAUACUUAUUUCUAGGUAAAGCAAGACGUUUAAAGCAGGCCAAAGAAGAAGCUCAAGAUGAAAUUGAAAAAUACAGACAAGAAAGGGAAAAUCAGUUCAAGGAAUUUGAAAUUAAACACAUGGGUUUUCGCGAAGAUGUUGCUGCAAGAAUAGAUGCUGACACUAAAAUAAAGAUUGAAGAGAUGAAUAAGGCUGUAAUUGUUAACAAGCAGGCAGUUAUUGAUCAAAUUCUUGAACUGGUUUAUGACAUCAAACCAGAGCUGCACAAAAAUUUCAAAGCUACAGCUAACAAAGAAUGAUAUGUGUGUCAUAGUAUUUUUUUACAAUUUCAUAUAAGAAAUAUAAAGGUGUAAAAAUUUAA